GCCGCUCGCGCCCGCGGAGCUGCGGCUGCGGUUCUUCGCGGGCCCGGGGUCUGUUUGCACUGAAUGACAGGGAAAGGUUCCCGGUCUCGUUGAUUUCGAGGCAUGUCGACUUCCGUGAAAGAAAGCCUGCAGCUUCAGCUGCUGGAGAUGGAGAUGCUGUUCUCUAUGUUCCCUAACCAAGGAGAAGUAAAACUGGAAGACGUAAAUGCCCUCACUAACGUAAAGAGGUACUUGGAUGGUACUAGGGAGGCUCUACCACCAAACAUCGAGUUUGUGAUUAGCCUUCAAAUUGAGGAACCCAAGGUGACAAUUGAUUUGCAAGUAACCAUGCCUCACAGCUACCCCUACGUAGCUUUACAGCUAUUCGGACGGUCAUCUGAGCUGGACAGACAGCAGCAGCUUCUUCUCAACAAAGGUCUCACUUCCUAUAUAGGGACUUUCGACGCGGGCGAGCUCUGCCUCUGUGCAGCAAUCCAGUGGUUACAGGACAACAGCGCCUCCUACUUCCUGAACCGGAAGCUGGCCUGCGAGCCAGGCCCACAAGCCAAGCCAGUCAAGAACACGUUCCUCCGGAUGUGGAUCUACAGCCAUCACAUCUAUCAGCAGGACCUGAGGAAAAAGAUUCUGGAAGUUGGGAAAAGGUUAGAUGUGACUGGGUUUUGCAUGACGGGAAAGCCAGGUAUAAUUUGUGUGGAGGGUUUCAAGGAUCACUGUGAGGAGUUCUGGCACACGAUUAGGUACCCCAACUGGAAGCACAUUUCCUGUAAGCACGCCGAGAGCGUGGAGACGGAAGGGAACGGUGAGGACCUGCGCCUUUUCCAUUCUUUUGAAGAAUUGCUCCUUGAGGCCCAUGGUGACUACGGAUUAAGAAAUGAUUAUCACAUGAAUCUGGGCCAGUUCCUAGAGUUUCUCAGAAAACACAAAAGUGAGCACGUUUUCCAGAUACUAUUUGGUAUAGAAAGCAAAAGUUCAGAGUCCUAGGAGUCUGUUGGGAGGCCUAUGCUUGUAGUUACACUAAAGCAGCAUUUUGUAAUAAGACCAGUAUAAAAGGGCCAGGGGCUCCAGAAUUUUUGACUGGUAAUGAAACAAACGGGCCUUUUAACUUGGUAACAGUACAGUUGUGAUGUUAUCUCUAGAAUGCUGUGUUAAAUCACAUAUCAAUACUAUUUCAUUGUAAAUUAAUAAAAACAGUCUAUUUAACC